AUGCAGCAGCCACGGUACCUCUCACUUAUUUCCCCUUUCAUGCAUUUGCAGACUCAAAAAUAUGCGUGUAUCCUGUGGAUGUCACAAAGCCCAGGAUGAAACGCGCAUUGAAAGCACGGCUGGGGACGUCUCAAUCUCCGACAUUGAAGCUCCACUUCCGGUAAUUUCAGCUUUGACGAAUGUUUCAACUAUGCUGCGAAUGCUUCCGUUCCGUUCUCUGGAAUCUGACCAAGAUGAGGCACUGGGGACCUCAAGAAUCUCCUCAAUCGACUCCUCCAGUGUGAAUACAUCGGAGACUACACUUCCAGUGCCAGAUAUUGUUGACAAUUCGUCGACAUAG